CCACCACCUACUUCUCCUCCUCCUCCUCCACCAUCGCCACCACCACCACCCCCACCACCACCACCACCCCCAGCAUCACCACCACCCCCAGCAUCUGCACCACCACCAUUGCCACCGACACCUCCCCCUCCUUCUAUUUCAUCGCCUCCACCACCACCACCUCCUCCUCCUCCACCACCAUGUAUAUCUGUUUCUACUUCUUAUGUACAGUCUGCCCAUAUCAUGCCAGGUUAUGAUCCCACAACUGAAGAUUAUACAGACAUUGAUGGUGAAGAGAUGAUAGAAGAUGAUGAAUCACGCAGUAGCUCAACUGUACUAUCACAUGCUGAACUGUAUGCAGAUGAUAGUGCCUAUAUGCAUGGUUGUGGUCUUUCUCUCAUAUGCCCUUUAAAUGCUGUUGUUGAAUAUGGACCAAUGCCAUAUGUAGCAGAUCCUGUGGUUCCAGCAGCACAUGUCAUUGAGAAACCACCAGAAAAGACUUCUCUACAUGCAGAAAUUGAUUCAUUCUAUUCAGACCUAGCAUCUCUUGAACAAACAGCAGUUACAACAUCGUCUGAAAAACACCAAAUGGGUGAGCAUACAGGUGCAGCCAGUGAGACUGAAAAGGAAUCAAUGAUAGCCCCUGCCACAAUAGAACCAAGUUCUAGUGCUAAUAGCAAUGUUGGUGGUCUUACUGGUAGCACAGCAUAUCAAAAAGUAUCUGCCCACAUUGAAGGAAAAACGUCAGAGGCGCCUAUAGGAGAAGUACGAAAGAAGAAAAAGCCAAAAUUAGCACCAGGAUUGUCACUAAAGAAGAAAGAUGUGUCGUCACUAGUGGCUAAAUGGCAGAAACUUCAGGAGGAAGUUAGAAGAGACUAUAAAAAGCUCGGUGAUGAACUCAAAGAUAAAUAGCAGAUGUUCUGUGCCUAAUUUUGUCAUGGACUAUUAAAAUGUUAAGCAGGGAGCAUUUAUAACAAAAUUGGCAAAUAACUGAAUUGUUAUAUAUUGUUACAAACUGUGCCAAUUUGCUUAAAUAUCAAACUGUUUUCAUUUGAUGUGAAAAUUUUCUGAGACAAAUUGAUACCCAAGUAAAUUUAUUUUUAAAAAAUAA